AGUAUUCAUAAAUCCACCCCAAGUACUAAAAAUUUCUACAGCAAAAGAAAAAACCACAAUGGCUUUCAAUCCCAAUGAAUUGCCACCAGGCUGUGGUUUUCAUCCCACGGAGCUUGAGAUUAUCACCAUUCUGAGGAACAGGGUUUUAAGCCAACAGGGUUAUCCAGGGGUCCUGGAGAGAAACCUUUAUGGGCCUGAUGCUACUCCCUGGCUCAUCCUGAGCGAGGAAGAUGGGACCAUUCCUUGGCAGCGUGUAGGGAAUGCCGUAGACAUCGGCAAGAAGGUAUAUGUGUUUACCGUGGCUCCCAGGCUGGGGAAUGGGUCACAAAGAGACCGUUCCGCGGGCUGCGGGUCUUGGGUUCCCCGUACUGGUCCGAGGAACGUGAUGGAUGGAGGAGGGCUUCAGGUUGGGACUCGCAGGUCUCUCAGUUUCCAGCCCAGGACCGAGCAGUACGGCAGAGACCGUUGGGUGAUGCAUGAAUAUGAGCUUGACGAUAGUCAGCUCAACCCCGGCCAGACCACUGAUUUGGUUCUCUGUCGGGUCGCUAAGUACCCGGAUGUCGAACCCCAGAUUCCCGACUUGAAUUUCGCUGAAGAAGAUAAUUAG